AUCGAUGACUCCUUGGUUGCCGGACUUGAAUUCCCUUAACUUCUGCUCCUGCUUUUCCAUAUUUUCCUUCCAACCAUGUACCAGUUUCCAGUCAGUGACCGAAAACGACUUCACAAAGGAAAUACGCCGACUCUACCGCAGACAAACUACUGCCAGCUUUGUUCGGCCAAGUUCACUAGGCCCACCCACUUGAGGCGUCAUAUUCGUUCUCAUACCAACGAACGUAGUCACCAAUGCGAUCUGUGUGGUGCUCAAUUUACCAGAAGAGACGUUCUCUCGUGACACAAGAAAUCCUGUAGAGAUCGUAUGACAUCCAGUCGUUCGAGACAGAAGUCUUGUCAGGCAUGUGCCGCCGCCAAAGUUAAAUGUGAUCUCCAGUACCCAUGCUCGAGAUGUGCUUCACGCCAAGGACCAUGCAUCUUCCUUAAUGAUCCUGCCGUUUCCCGAGAGAAAAGGCGUGAUGCCAAGGAGCGUCGUAUGAACUCCAGUGCGGACUACCGUCAAAGCUCAGCCGAGACUGUUUCCGAUUCUUGCCUUUCUUCAACUCCCUCCUCCUCGGCCUCAGACGACACUUUGUCGCCUACAUUUUGCACCUCGCCAACCAUUCCUGACACCAAGGACCUUGGUUGCGCGGAAGCGGUCUGGAAAAUAUUUCACGCCGAUUCGCACCCUUAUUGUUCAUCCUCGACCUCCAACCAAAAGUACAUGGAUUUUUCGUGGUUGGGCUCAGACGAUGGGUCCGGAGAUGACGAUAGUUAUUACACUUCCGUCCUGCAUUCCGCCCUGGUUCCUCAUUGUGUAUCGACUAACACCUAUCUCCCGCUUCCAUCGUUAGAUGCUACCGGCGUUAGUAUGUAUGAUAUCGUUGGCGCGACGACGACCUUGUAAAUAAACC